GGGACUCUGUCCAUGGCUCACAUCCUGCUGCUUCUGCUGUCAGCAGCAAGUCUGCAUGCUGGUGAAAACUCUGCAGGAUCCAACAGAGAAAACCCCUUUGGGAUGAACCAACCAGCUCUCCUCUCUGGAGUCCAGGGCGGCUCCAUUGAGAUCCCCUUCUCCUUCUCCUUCCCCUGGGAGUUGGCCAAGGAUCCAGAGAUGAGCAUAGCCUGGAGAUGGAAGGACUUCCAUGGGGAAUUCAUCUACAAAUCAACCCCACCUUUCAUACAUGAGCACUUCAAGGACCGGCUCAUCCUGAACUGGACACAGGGUCAGAUAUCCAGAGUCCUCAGAAUCCUGAACUUGAAGAAGACUGACCAGGCCACAUACUUCUGUAAAGUCUGGCUGAGCACAAGAGAAGGCUUGCAGAGUUGGCAGUCAAUUGUUGGGACCCAACUCACCAUCCUCCAUGCACUCAGCACCACCAUGGGGAGCCCCUCCAUCAUCACCUCUGCAGUCACCACAGCUGGCCUGGAGGACACAGGGGGCCAGAGGGAUCCUUCACUGCUGAUUCUGGGAGUCAUGGUCUCAGUCAAGGCUGUGGCCAUGAUCCCUAUCUAUGGCUGGAUGAUCUUUUUGUGGUGGAAGCAAAGGUAA